AUGGGGAAUAUCGGCAGCCGAAUUGAUGACGGGUCAAUUCUAUAUUUGAAGGAUCAAGGACGCUUGUCCAUUACCUCCAUCGUCGUAAGCAAUGGCCGACGGAAAGUCGUGCUUCAUGCUGUGCCAAAUGCGUAUCCUGCAGCGCGUCUUGUGGGAAAAUUAGAUGCAGCUGACUACAGGCCAAUUUCAUUCAUCCAGGAUCCCGAGGCCCCUGGCCUUCUCUUUCUACCCCGACUGGACCUAGAAGACGAACUGGAUGUGCGGUUCACAUUCACGACGCGACAGAACUCCGGGCCUCUACCCGCGACGCCCUCCACCGCGACAGCCGCAGUUGAUACAAACAUCUCCGGCCUCACCUUCGCCUAUGCCGCAAAUGCGAAAGAGUUGGACACCUUGGUAACGCGGGAAUUCCAUGCAGACCCCAACCUUCACAAGAACUCCAACGUGCAAUUCAUCGGCGACUUCUCGACAAAUGGAACUCCAGUCAUCACCUACGAGUGGACCUGGAGAUGGAAGCCUCCAAAGCCAUACGAAGACAGGGGUGGCGGCUGGCGGAACUGUUGCAGUUUCCUCGAGUACGAUUCAAGGGCUCACCGGUUGAACACACUGGCGUCUUUCACCUUUUGGGUGAAUAAUGCGGCCGUGCCGUCCGCAACACCAUUGGUCUCGCCGAACCUGGAACUCCAGGUUCCCCCUCAGAGGCGUAUGGUUUCAAGUCAGUCGUACCAAUCCGCAGUCAGUGAUUCAGAGGAUCGUGCAGAUUUUCAGAAUCCACCGUCCCCACAAGUGUUGGCUACCGAGUUUAGUACGACUGCUUCCAGUGUCGCAGCUUCAAACAGUGCUCCUUCUGUCCCUGUGAUCGAUGUUCAGUGUGCGCGACCAGGAGAGGAUGUGAGUGCAGUCGAGGAUGGCCCCGUUUUCAGAGCUACCAUGAAGUCCCUGGAGCAAAAGACUGGCAACAUGAGGAUCCAAGUCAAGAAAGUCCUGAAGAAGGCCGAGGCGGCUCAACAAGCGCAAGUCGAGUGCAACCAAGCAAUGGCCGAGUUUCUGCGCGCACUUCAGGAGGCCUCGGCAUCCAAUUCUACUGCUUUCAAGCCAGCUCUUGAUCACUACUUCACCAACAUUGCGCAAAGAAUAUUAAAAUAUGAAAAAGAGAACAGCUCUCUAUUGCAGAAACAGAUUAUCGACCCUAUAUCUAAACUCUACAAUCUCGAUAUCAAACAGGCCGAGGCAAAAAAGAAGGAUUUUGAGGAUGAAAGUCGAGAUUACUACGCUUAUGUCAGCCGCUACCUAGGCCAGCGGCAGGAUUCCUUGAAAGAUAAGAAACGGGCAGAGAGCGACUCAAAGUAUCAGAGCAAGAAAAAGAACUUUGAGCUGAAACGAUUCGAUUACUCUACUUUCAUGCAGGAUCUUCACGGCGGACGCAAGGAGCAAGAACUUCUCUCGCAAUUGACCAAGUACGCCGAUGGUCAGGCGAAUUCGUUCCUUGCGGCAGCCAAAAAGGUUGAGAGUCUCACACCGCAACUGGAGGCGCUGGUGAAAGAGGUCAGUGACGCUGACAAAGAGUACAACCUUCAACGAACCGAACGAGAAGAGAAGCGUCGGAACCUUGAGAAAAAUGGGCCUAAUGCUGUGGAGAGUGAUCCGCCCUAUCAACCUCUGACAAGCACAAAUUCACAGCCGACAGUGCCAAAUGGACAAACUGGAUAUACCUCAGACACAGACUUAAGUAGAGCAGACAGCACAAGCUCGCAAUUUGGUCGAUCUUCGGCGAAUGGCCUAUCUCCAGCCCCCUCGGGAACUCUACAAGGAAUUCCGACCACCGCCUUGUCUACAUCUCCAGGGGCUUCGUCGGUAACCCCAACAACAAACAAAUUCAAAGGCAUCCGCGACCUCGAUGAGAGCUCAGUGACCACUAGCGACAGAUCGUCAAACGGACUGUACAAGAAGGAAGGAUUGCUCUGGGCAUUGAGCAAACCUGGGUCUCACAUCGACCCCAAAGGUAUCAACAAGCAGGCCUGGCACAAGUUCUGGAUUGUCCUUGACCAGGGAAAGCUUUCUGAAUACAGCAAUUGGAAGGAUAAGUUAGACCUUCAUAGGGACCCGAUCGAUUUGAGAAUGGCUUCAGUUCGAAUGGCUCGCGACGCCGAAAGGAGAUUUUGCUUCGAGGUAAUUACCCCUCAGUACAAGCGGGUUUACCAAGCGACAACCGAAGAUGAAAUGAACAAUUGGAUCAACGCGAUCAAUAACGCAUUGCAAAAUGCCUUCGAAGCAGGUGGACGAGCGUCCCAACAGAAUUCCAAAGACCUCGCUGGACGUGAAUAUGGUCACGUCCUCACAGGCAAAAGCUCUUCGCAAUCUGGACCUCACGGCUAUACCCAGCGAACCGACGGCUCUGGAGUUUCUCGAAGGAUCACAGUAGGUGCUCGACCUACCUAUAUGAGAACCAGCAGCAAUAGUUACGAUGAAAAUCCUUCCAAGCUCUUAGACCAAAUUAGGAAUCACGAUUUCGAAAAUCAAUCCUGCGCUGAUUGCGGUUCUACGUCCAAGGUGGAAUGGGUAUCAUUGAACUUGGGUAUUAUUUUGUGCAUUGAAUGUGGAGGGAUACACCGGUCCUUGGGUACUCACGUCUCCAAGAUCCGGUCUCUUACUUUGGAUGUUCAUUCCUUCACCAACGAUAUUGUCGAACUGUUGAUGCUGAUCGGUAACCGCAUCAGCAACAUGGUUUGGGAGGCUUUGCUAAAUCAAGCAUUGAAGCCUGCGCCGACUGCGACGAGAGAGCAACGCUUGAAGUUCAUUACGUCGAAAUAUGUGCAGCGAGCCUACGUCGAUCCUGUUUCGCAGUAUGGAACAGCCGACGACUUGUUGCUGACGUCGAUCAAGAAGCAUGAUAUCAAGGGCGUUCUGCAAGGAAUCGCCCAGCGGGGGAAUGUCAACGCACAUGACCGCUCGAGAAAUACACACGCCGUAUUUCUAGCAUUAGCAGCUGCCGACCCUGCUCGACCAGUCUCAUCACACUCAGCCACUCCGUCUCCAACGAUGAAGGCGUUCCCUUUGGCUGAAUUGCUUGUGCAAAAUGGGGCAGAGAUCCCCACAAAUCCGCCUGCAAUACCCUUGUCAUCAGCUGCGCAAUUAUAUAUUGAACAGCGAACCGCUCGGUUGACACCAACCAAUGGUGGUGGCCAUGGGGAUACGCUCGGUCCUCUACCCGUCAUGGGCUCUAGAGUAUCGCCUCUGGCCUCAGAUGGCCAUGCACGGCUGCAAAAAAGAGGUAGUGCCGGUGCGAGGUUUGCCGGCAAGGUUACAGGUCUGGGGGAACGAUAG